AGACUCCAGACUCUAGUCUCCUCUCCUCUAUGCAGACUGCGUUGUAGCUCAUUGGCUUUGUUUCUAUUCUUUAAUUAGUCAAUUCCCUUCAACUUAUCAUUCUCGGCAACAUUCAAAAAGCCAUAGCUUUGUUUCUAUUCUUCAAUCUAAUACAAAGAAUUUUUUCUAAAAUAUUGUUAACUUAUGCCCUCAUCUCCAGAUUCUCCACAGCCCGCUGUGAAUCGGACCAAUCGGUGCUUCCCUUCACUCCUUCAACUCUCACAUCUCACCGACUCUGCAACUCACCGUGCCUACUCUACUCUCUCGGUCGACUCACCUUCACAACGAUACCCUUCAACUCUCGACCUCUCACGGACAGAUGGACUCACGGUGCCAUCACUACAGCCCUUGGCCCUUUGCUGCCUUGCAAACCGCUCACCUCCAACUAAGACGGACUCACGGUGCCAUCACUACAGCCCUUGGCCCCUUGCUGCCCUGCAAACUGCUCACCUCCAGCUGAAAGGCUGCUAUUGGGUCGACUCAGCCAGCCUCUCACCGUGGCACCCUACCAUCAGCCCGUCACUGCAAGUCAGCACUGCUCACCUCCAGCUCCUCCAAGGCUGGGUCGUCCUCUUUCUCUUUCAGGUGGCUUCCUCCUCUGCAGCUUUGCCUCAGAUUCAUUUCAAACUCUCCAACUCUAGGUAUUGCUUUGUGCUUUGCUUUAGUGAUUCUAACUAGUAUAAUUUAAUUUUUGUGCUUGAGUGCUUUAGUGUUUCUAACUAGUAAUUUUUGUAUUUUUAAUUAGUAAUUUUUAAUUUAAUUUUUGUAUUUUAGUGCUUGAGUAUUUUUAACUAGGAGGGUAUACCAAAGUGGGGGUGCAUAAUAACGCUUGACUAUAGUA